AUGGGUUUCGCCGGAAGCUUGGCCUUCCUACUGCCGCUGCUGCUGUCCGCUUCCCACGCGAGCAGUCAGUUAAUCUUCCUCAUGGAGCCACCACCCCGACUGUCGUUCUCCAAUAGCACCGGUGCCAGUGUGUCAUGCGCCGCUCACGGCACUCCCGCGCCCACCAUCACUUGGCUCACUGAAGACGGUGUACCCGUUUCAGAUGUGCCUGGACUAAGGGAAGCUUUGCCAAACGGCACGCUGUGGCUCGGCUCUUUCUCAGCGGCGCAAUACCGCAGCGAUGUUCACGCUGCUGUAUAUCGGUGUCGCGCCGCCGGCACAGUAGGUACGGUGCUGUCACGCGACAUGCGUCUUGAGGCAGUGAUGGAUGUGCCCUGGGAAGUACGUGUUCAACCGACGCACGGUGUGUCUGGUGGCUCUGCACUGAUGUCUUGCGCGGCCUCGGCUCCGGUCCGAGGUCACAUCACAGUCACGAGGUGGUUUAAGGACGGUAGCGUCCUGGCUCCCAUGGCGGCAGAUGCUGGUGGUCGAUAUAUGAUCGGUGGCAGCCGAGGUGAUAUCCUGGUGAUACGAGAAGCGAGACCUGAUGACGCCAGUUCUUAUUCGUGCGAGGCUCAGCACGUACUUACGGGGGAGAAGAGAAGGAGUAACACAGCCAUGAUUGCUGUUUCACAUACUACGGGAAGUAUGGCACCAAGAAUCCUCACGAUAUCAGAAGACGAGACAGUUCCUCAAGGAGGGGACAUCCGAUUAGUUUGUUGUGCUAUUGGCAGUCCUCCUCCCACAUAUAGUUGGUUCCGUCAUGCAAACGGUCGCCUGAGUCCUGUUUCCAACAGCAUAAGGAUAUCAGUGACAGAUCAAGUUUUAAUAAUUAGACGAGCUCAGAUCUCAGACAGUGGCGUAUGGACAUGCAGAGCUCACAACCAAUACGGCGAGCAGAGAAGAGAUGCAAGGCUUCGGGUCCGGUCUAGGCUCGUCGUCAGCGUUCAUCCACAGCUACAAGUUGCCAACUCAGGCAGUUCCGUUACCUUCAACUGCUCAGUGGAAGGAGGCGAGGCGCGAGUUCGGUGGCUGCACGAUGGGGUGCCAGUGGGGGGUGGUGAGCGUGUGCUGCGUGUCCACGGCGUCGUGCGCGCUCACCGUGGAAUGUAUCAAUGCUUUGCCGAGAGGGACCUGGAUAGUGCACAGGCGGCUGCGGAAUUACGACUUGGAGACACAGCCCCGGAACUGCACUAUACGUUUAUCGAACAGGCCCUACACCCGGGGCCGGCACUCGCACUCCACUGCUCCGCUUCAGGGUCACCGCCGCCACGCUUCACUUGGCUGCUCGACAUGCAAGUAGUCGAGGAACAUAAUACACCGCAGAGAAGCAUCUCACAAUUCAUGAGUCCCAACGGCGACGUCGUGAGCUAUCUCAACAUAACAUCUGUUCGACCUGAAGACGGCGGGCGCUACACUUGUCGCGCGCACAAUACAAGAGGCGCUGUGGAGCACUCGACGAGGCUUAAUGUUUACGGACCACCAUCAAUCAGGAACAUUGGACCAGUUCGCGUGGUAGCUGGAGUGAAUACAACAAUCUUCUGCCCUUACUCUGGAUUUCCAAUCAGUGAUAUCAGGUGGCAGCGAGGAGGAUUAGAUGUUGGAUCCACUGGCAGGGCACUGUCGGGGAGUGGUGGAGAACUUCUCCUUUGGCCAGCUGAACCAGCGGACGCUGGAGUGUAUUCUUGUAGAGUCACCGCACCAUCUGGACAGUAUGCCCAAAAAGAUGUGCAAAUUUUUGUCAGAAAUCCUCCAAAAAUUGCCGGGUUUUCGUUUCCUGCAGACUUGGUAGAAGGAAGCUCCAUACAAGUUUUAUGUGGUAUAACGUCUGGAGACAAGCCUGUUUACUUUUCCUGGUUAAAAGACGGCCUACAUAUUCCGACAAAUUUACAGGUACAAGAGAAAUCCUUGGAUGAAUUUAGCUUUCUGAUUUUCUCACAUGUGACGUCAAAACACAGUGGAGAGUACACGUGUGUCGCGAGCAACACGGCGGCUGAAGUCAAUCACACAGCACGACUGGCUGUCAAGGUUGCUCCAUCGUGGGUGUUUGAACCACAGGAUGUUUCAGUACUUCUUGGGACACAAAUACUUACACAUUGCUCUACGAAAGGAUAUCCAGAACCGAGAAUUACUUGGUUAAAAGCACAAGGUCCAAAUUCGGGCGAUUUUCGUCCCCUAACUCGAAUAGAGUUGCCGUUAUCAGUUCUAAGUAAUGGUUCACUGAGCGCCGCGGCGGCGGUGCACGCGCACGAGGGUCGUUACAUGUGUCGCUCUGACAACAACGUCGGUAGAGGACUGUCGAAAAUUAUCACCGUUUCCGUUAAUGAGCCCGCUCACUUUGAGUUCUCAUCACGAAACAUGUCCGUACGUCGCACUUCGAGUGCUUCAUUGUCGUGCGCGGCGCGCGGUGACCCGCCCAUACAACUACACUGGACGCAUAACAUGCAACGACUAGAUCUUUCCACAUACAGAGUAUCAGUAUCAGAGAAAAGGUCAGAGAGCGGUGCGAGCUCUACACUUACAAUUGCGCAUGCGCAACGCCGUGACUCCGGCGUGUACCGCUGUCGCGCUGAGAACGCUUUUGGUCGUGAUGAGCUGCUUAUUUACUUAGCUGUACAAGAGUUUCCCGAGGCACCUCGAGGUCUGAUCGUAGUACGCCGUGAAGGACGAGCAGCUCGCCUUGCAUGGAGACGUGGGUACGAUGGUAAUGCGCGGCUACGAGCCUAUCGUCUGCAAUAUCGCGUUGUGGGGGACGCGAGACGAGCUGCUGAUUGGACGGACGCACCCACCAGGGACCUCUCACCAGAUUUGCUCAUACAAAGACAAGAAGCCGUGGAACCAGAAUCGGAAGUGAUCCUAGAAUACCGAGUGGAUGGGCUUAGGCCAGCAACCGCCUACGCGUUACGGCUUGCCGCUGUUAACGAUAUCGGAAACAGUGAAUAUUCCGAAUCCGUCAUCGUGCAGACUUUAGAAGAAGCACCUUCAGAGCCUCCACGCAACGUUGAAAUUCAAGCUGAUGCACCAGGAGAACUGUUAGUCAAGUGGCAGCCUCCAUCUCAAGAAUCGUGGAACGGUGAAUUGCUCGGUUACGCGAUAUGGUGGCGGGGAGACAACGCAUCCCUAGCGCUGACGGUGCCAGGCUGGGCCGCGACACAUGCUCGGCUCGCGUCUCUGCGCGCGCACGCGCGGUAUGAAGUGCGCGUGCGCGCGUUUAACGCAGUGGGCGCGGGGCCAUCGUGUGCCCCACUGGCAGCUACUACACUCGAAGACGUUCCUGACGCUCCACCGCAACAUAUCCGCUGCGAGCCGCUGUCCGCACAAUCCUUUCGCGUGUGGUGGGAGCCGCCACCAGCUGUUUCACGAGGUGGCCUUCUUUUAGGAUAUGAAAUUAUGUAUCAGGAGGUUGGAUUAAUUGAUGCAAUAUGGGAAAGACGUCGCGCUGGCGGUGGAGAAGCGCAAGUGGGGGGGCUGCGGGCGGGGAACUACUCGCUGCAGGUGGCCGCGCGCACGGCCGCCGGCCUCGGCCCGCCCGCCGCCACGCACUGCGCCACGCUCGAUGAUGUCCCUGGACCACCAGCUGACAUAAAAGCAGUACCUAAUUCUGAGGAAUCUGUGAUAGUAAGCUGGCUCGCACCUGCACAGAAGAAUGGAAAGAUUAGACACUACACGGUGUAUAACAGGCCCCAAAGGACAGGCCAGCACUCCCACGUGAUGGUACCGCAUACCGAUGAAGAGCAAAUGCUGGAAGUCCGUGGGCUGCAGGAACACCAGCUCUACGAAUUUUGGGUCACCGCCGCCACGACUGCCGGCGAGGGGGAGAUGAGUGCUAUCGUCGCUAAGAAACCAAGCUCAAGAGCUGGAGGGAAAAUUUGGUCUUUCCCACGCAGAAUAACGGUAGCGGAAGGUUCACGUGUCGUAUUAACGUGCGGAGGUGCGGGAACACCUACCCCGCUGCGUGUCUGGAGUCGCCGCAGACCACCGUCACCGGCUACUGAUCCGAGAAUUCGAAUAGAAGGACAUCGGCUUGUUAUCCCAAAACUAGAGGCAGUAAUGUCAGACAACUACACGUGCGUGGUCCGGAACCCGUGGGGCGAGGAGCGCGGCGUGUGGGAGCUGCGCGCGUCGUCGCCGCCCGCGCGCCCGCGCCUGCGCCUCAGCGGCGCCGCGCCCGCCGCGCUGCUGCUCGCGUGGGACGCCGCUGACUCUCACAGUUUCACUCUUGAAUAUGCACGUGGUGAUGGUGCAUGGCAGUCGAUUUGGUUGGUGGGGACUGCACGCACUUACGCGCUGAGACAGCUGGCGUGCGGUGCGACCUAUCGACUACGAAUCACCGCUCAUAAUGCCGCAGGACCAUCCGCAACGAGCGAAAUUCUAUCAGCUUCUACGAGCGGUGGCGCUUCUAAGCCAGCAAAUGAAAAACAUAUGAUCACGAGCAACAGUAGCUGUGUUCGACUUAACUUUCUAACAUGGGACAGUAACAGUUGCCCCUUGAUACACUUCGUUGUCUCCAUCCGAGGCUUUGAGGAAACAGUUUGGAGAUCUGAAACUGUUGGAUUGGACAUUCUACCAACUGCGCUGUGUGGUCUACAUUCAGCCACUUGGUAUCACCUGAAAGUAGUCGCCCUUAGCACAGCGGGAUCUACCACUGCCACUUAUUACUUCUCUACUUUAACUGAAGAUGGCGAACGUAUCGCGGCGCCCGCGCAGUUCCCGUCGGGCGGCGAGGAGGGCGCGGCGGCGGGCGGCGGGUUCACUCUGCUGGCGGCUGCGGCCGGUCUGCUCGUAGCGCUGCUGUUAUUGGCUAUCCUGGCGUAUAGAAGAAGUGCAGCAGCUUCGUGCUUCAGGAAAGGCUACGAACAAAGUGGAGUUUCAGAAGAAGACAAAUCCAUAGAAAAACGUGAUAACAGAAGGAAUUGUCAGCAAGUGUACACGUCGUCGCCUAUCAAACAUCCCAAUAAGAAAGAACAGCAAGAAAUGUACGAGAUCAGUCCAUACGCGACGUUCAGCAUGGCGGGCGGCGCCAGCGGAGUGAGCGGCGAGGCGGGCGGCGGCACGCUGCGCACGUUCGGGCGCGCCGAGCCCGCGCCGCUCGCCGCCGCGCCGCCGCGCGCGCACUCGCACCGCUCGCCCGCGCACACGGGUAACUAUGCUCUCAAAUACACCCAUGAGUACACCCUUUCACGAGCGAUGACUCUGAUGGUGCGGCGAACUGAGUCAGACUCGGACUCGAGCGGGUCACCGUGCGCGGAGUGUAACUCCAGCGUUUCAUACAGGAUGCCGUUGGCUCCUGCGAAAGCGGAGGAGGUGUUCCGCGCCGUGACGGACUCGAGCGCGGAGUCGUGCGGCGGCUCGGGCCCGCGGGACAAGGCGCGGCGCCGCCCGCGCCGGCACCACACGCCCAACACCACCAGGUAA